UUGUUAUCAUCAACACUAGCCAGCAGAUUCAGAAGUCAGUGGUCCGUCAAGUUGAUUUCUUAUCUCAUUAAAUGGGGACUCUUAAUUUCAAUUUCCAUUCUUUCAUUACUCAGAGCUUACAUUCUUCUGAUUUUCGCCAUCCGCAGCUACGCUUCAUUCCUUCACGCAGCCACACAAUCCGAACAACUCUCAAGAUGGCUCUGUCCGAUUCCAAAAACGUGGGAGGAUUGACUACUUCAGUAACGAAUCAACAGAAAAUCAUAAUUCCAAAUACCCAUGGAGAGAAGCUUGUAGGCAUAUUACAUGAAACAGGUUCAAAUGAGCUUGUCAUCUUGUGUCAUGGUUUUCGAUCCUCAAAGGUUAAAUUGUCUUUCUUUUGAAUCUAUUCCUUUCUACAAUCAUCAUGUGGCUCUCUCAUUGUCUUCUAUAUGCAGGAAUCCACAACUAUAAGUAAUCUUGCUGUUGCUUUAGCAGAAGAAGGUAUCAGUUCUUUCCGUUUUGACUUCUCUGGAAAUGGGGAAAGUGAGGGGACAUUUCAAUAUGGUCAUUAUCGGAGAGAAGCUGAGGACUUGCGAUCUGUUGUACAGUUCUUCAAUGGAGGAAACCGUAAAGCAAGUACAAUUCUUGGUCACAGCAAAGGAGGAAAUGUAGUGCUCUUGUAUGCAUCAAAAUAUCACGAUAUUCCCACUGUUGUGAAUGUUUCUGGUCGAUAUAAGCUUGAUAGAGGCAUGGAAGAAAGAUUGGGAAAAGAAUUUCUGGAAAAAAUCAAGAAGGAUGGAUAUAUAGAUAUUAAAAACAAAGCAGGGGAGGUUUUAUAUCGAGUGACUGAGGAAAGUCUGAUGGACCGAUUGAACACAAAUAUGCAUGAAGCUAGCCUUAACAUUAGUAAAGAAACAAGAGUGAUGACAGCGCAUGGAUCUGAAGACGAAAUUAUUCCUAUUGACGAUGGCAUUGAGUUUGCGAAGAUCAUACCAAACCAUAAGUUAUGCAUUGUAGAAGGAGCCGAUCAUUGUUACACUUCACAUCAAGCAGAAUUGGCUGCAAUUGUUGUUCCUUUCAUAAAAGAAGGCUUUCACAAAGGUAAUUAAGAUCCACACAUAUUUCCUGCAACUGGACAGUUAUAAUUAUUGGUUGUCAAAACUCAACUUACCUUCUUUUGUAUUUUAUUGAAUGAAUUGAAUUAACUGUAACAAUAUCAUCUGCUGGGAGUCAAAACCGCUUCCUUUUAA